GGCCCGGGCCGGCGGUCCCUCGGGAUGCGCGGGCGGCCUGGGCGACGGCGGCCGCGUCCAGCUGAGGACCGGGAGCAGCAGCCGCAGCGCCCCGGGCUGGCUGCACCGCCGGGAGGCGGCGGGGGCGCCGCGAUGCUGCCCUGGAAGAGGCACAAAUUCGAGCUGCUGGCCACGGACGAGGAGGGCCAGCAACAGCCGCAGCAGGGCCGGCGGCGGGAGCGGCAGCAGCUGCAGCAAGCGGCCCCGCGCGGCGCAUCUCCGCCGCCGCCGCCGUCGGGAAAGGCCAAGGACUACUGCCAGGCGGGCGCCGGGAGCCUGCCCUGUUCCGCCGCCCUGGGCUCGCUGGCCCGCGCCUGCCCGGCCGAGAGCGCCCUCUCCAGGAUGGGCAGCCUGUUCCGCUCCAAGCGCAAGAAGUUCCGCGUGAGCAGCGAGGCGCCCACCUACACGGCGCUCUACCUGGGCAACGCCACCACGCUGCAGGCCAAGGGCGAGGGCUGCACCGACGUGGCCGUGGCCAAGAUCUGGGCCAAGAGCGAGGCCGGCCGCCACGGCACCAAGAUGAAGCUGACCAUCGGGCCGCAGGGCAUCCGCCUGGCGCCCGCGGUGCCGGCCGAGGCCGCCUCCCGCCCGGGCCACCUCUACCUGCUGCACCGCGUCACCUACUGCGUGGCGGACCCUCGCCUGCCGCGCCUCUUCGCCUGGAUCUACCGGCACGAGGUGAAGCACAAGGCGGUGCUGCUCCGCUGCCACGCCGUGCUGGUCUCGAAGGCGGAGAAGGCCCGCGCCAUGGCGCUGCUGCUGUACCAGACGUCGGCGGCGGCGCUGGCCGAGUUCCGCCGCCUCAAGAAGCGCGCCGACGCGCGGCACCAGCAGCUGCAGCAGGUGGGCCCCGGGGCCGACGGCGCCAUCCCGCUGGUGCCGCUCCGCAAGCUGCUCCUGCACGGCCCGGGCGGCUGCUACAAGCCGCCCGUCGAGCGAAGCCGUAGCGCGCCCAAACUGGGCUCCAUCACCGAGGACUCGCUGGGCGAGGAACUGGAGGAGCGCGCCGCCGGGCCGGCCUGCGCCAACGGCGCCCAGGACGAGGAGUGCGACGGCGCCCAGGACGAGGAAGACGAGCUGCUGGCCCCGCUGGAAGAGGAGGACGAGGACGGGGAGGGCGCGGCGCCCGCGGGGUCCAGCCUGGGGCAGCUGAUCUGCGGCCUGGGCGAGCUGGCCAUCGGCAACGACGUGGCGCUUCUCCGCGCCGACCUGCGCGUCACCCGCCUGCUCUCCGGGGAGAGCACCGGCAGCGAGUCCUCCAUCGAGAGCAACGGACACGAGGGCGGCGGCGGCGGCGGCGGCGGAGGGGGAACAGGGGGCGCCUCACCCCCGCCGCCCUUGCGGUCCUGUCACAGCCCGGAGCCCGACUGCGGCUGACCAGCCCCGCUUCCUCCCGCAGCUCCGCGGGGCCCCAGACGGCGCCAGGAAAGGGGGCGGCCCGGCGGAGAACGAUCCGGGAUGGGCGCCGGAGGCCGGCUUGCCUGCCGCCCCUCCCUGCAGUUGCGGCCAAACGUUGGUCGGUCCUCCGGGUGGGGGAGGGGCGCGCUUGUUUCCAGCCGUGGAAUUUGGCGUCUGAAAGGGCGGGGCUCCUUCGUGGCUCUGCGGGCAGAGGGGCUCUUCCCCAGGGGCUCAUCUUCCCUCUCCGCCCCCCGGAUUUUUUGCUGUGCAAAAAGAAACUGGACCGUGUGGAUCUUCACUGGAACCUGAGGAGUCGCUGCCCCCUUCGGUGCGGGGGGGGGACCUGGAUUUUGGCUGUCUCGGUUUGUCUUGCACACAAUAAAAGCAACAGAAAAGCGCCGCCG